CUGACUACACCAAGCCCCUUCCCAUCCCCCAGAAUCCUCAGCGGCGGUGCCUGCGGACUGGCCUUGACAAUCUCAUUAGUGUGGCGUCAGGGAACCGUCCUAAUCCGCUUACCUGGGAGUGGGAUAAAUGCCCGGUGACCCCGUGGUGAGGGCUGCCCAGCCACUCGACCCACGGCCCGAGACGCCCCAGUGCUUGCCCACGGCCUGAGGAAGUUCAGAAGCCAAACGUCACCACAGGGUCUCUGCCAACCUGGCCAUGAACCUGGAACUGCCCAAGCCCGAGAUCCGGUCGGCCACCAGGGUGACUGGGGGGCCCGUCACCCCCAGGAAAGGACCCCCCAAAUUUAAGCAGCGGCAAACCAGGCAGUUCAAGAGCAAGCCCCCCAAGAAAGGUGUCCAAGGGUUUGGGGAUGACAUUCCUGGAAUGGAAGGCCUGGGAACAGACAUCACGGUCAUCUGCCCAUGGGAGGCCUUCAACCAUCUGGAGCUGCACGAGCUGGCCCAGUACGGUAUCAUCUAGCAGGACCAGCCGGCCACGGCCCCUCCCACCCCCGCUGCCCGCUCUGACCCCUGCUCAGGAUUCCAGUGUGGGGACCGCCCCCGAAGGCAUUCGGAUCACUGGCUUGUGUCUGCGGACCAUUGGAGGGGGUGUCAGGCCUCCUGAUCCCAAGAGCCCACCACUUCCAUGCCAGACACUGUUUUGGGGCCCCCCUGGUCCUGCUUAACUUCCAGAGACACUGACCCACAGACCCUCUCCUCCCGUGGCUGGAAAGCCAGGGCAGCACCUCCCAGGAGCGUCCCCAACACCGCAGCCCCCUGUCCUGCCUGUCGGAGGUGAGGACAGCACCCCACUAGCCAUUCCCAGCUGGUGCUCCUGUGUUGGCGUGGGGAGUGGUGGGGGUCCUGGGAUGUCAGAGAGCAAGCGAGGCCCCUCCGAAUCCACCACGCCUGUGGAGAGCUUGUCCUUGGCCCACGUUUGCUCUUCCCAUUUAAAAAUAAAAUUUCU